AUGUCACUACUCUUUCUCAAAUGUGCACUAAUCGCACUAGUCUAUCAUGGAAGUUAUGUGUACGCGGCGCGAUCUCCACGUCCGGGAACUUACUUUCAUCUUGCUCUCGGUAUUAACCGCAGUAAUGUGUACUUCAAUCGAUUGGAGAAGGUAGGUUGUGUGGGAGCCGCAUCAUUGUUUACAUCAUCACAGGAGCUAGACAACUUCAGAAAAGAUCCACCGCCGAAUUGCAGUGUAGAGGUAUUCGGCCCACGUAAAGAAAUAUGGAUCGUAACUUGGACUGGGUUACCUGGAACUGUAUAUGAGGGCGAGAAAUAUCGACUCAAAAUACUAUUCCCCAAGGAGUACCCAUUUAAGCCACCGGUGGUCUACUUUUUACAACCAGCGCCAGUACACGCUCACGUCUACUCUAACGGGGAUAUAUGUCUGAGCAGUCUGCGAGCAGACUAUUUACCCACAGCAUCGAUAACGAGUUUUGUUCUCAGUAUCAUAUCGAUGCUGUCAACUGCUAAGGAGAAAAGGUUGCCGAUCGACAAUCACUUACGUAAGUGGAUGUGUCACGUACACAAUGAACUUUCAGACGCGGAGUUGCCACCUGGAUCGGCGGACGCUAGAUAUCUAUAUCACGAUGACAAAUGUUAA